GGCCCCUUCUGUUAUACCAAUGUUAACCACACUAGAUGAGCACAACUUCUACACAGCUCAACAGGAUAAGCAGUACACUGUGGUUCAGGGUCUGUACAAGAAAGUAUUUGGUCCGGUCACUAAACCGCACCACGACCAACUCAAGGACGAUGCACCAAUUGUGUCGGGUCUGUGUGAGUGGGCAGUAACACACCGACGUACCGGUUCCCACAGAUGGUUAGUUGUAGCAGAGCUGCUGAAGAAGAGACAAACAGCCCUGUUAGACGGGGGACCCGGCAAGAAAGCAAAGAAGGACGAGUAUAUAUUUCAGGAUAUUCUCUUCAAGUAUUUGAAUGAGAGCGCACCUACUUGGACAGUAAAUGAUGAAGAUAGGAUACAAUUCAAGAACAUGAUAAUCCUAUUCGGAGAGCUGGUCCGGUCAAUGUUCAGCUACGAGAAGUAUUUAAAGAAACUAAUAUCACGUGGGGAUCUGCCAAUGAGGCUCUCCAAAAUGAACCUAGCUCCAAACCAACAAGACUUCUCCUUGCUGUGUAAAGAGUUACAUACCUUACCCAGACACAUUCAGUAUGUCUUGUCACUUCCUCUCACAGAUACUCAUAAGGAAGAGCUAAAACAAAGAGCCCACCUACUGUUCGGGAGUACAGGAGUACAAGCUCCCCUACCAAUGGAGUUCACAAAUACUUUCAACACCCUGAAAACAGCGCUACUAAAUCUGGGAGCCAUGAACAGCGCUCCUUACGCAACCCUUCAACAGCUCUCCUCUACUAUUGAGAGAUUCAAGAUCCUUCCUCCAGUCUACAAGUGUAUGAUAACCCAGAGAUUGAUGGACCCCAUACUGCCUGCAGUACCUCCUGCAGGUACUACUCCCAAAUUAGGAAGUUCGCCCAUCAUUCUUCCUACAGUUUCCCAAGUGGAGCUGAUGUACUUCCUCAUGGAGCUCUCCGGAGAUGUCAGGUCAAUGAUGACACUGUCCAUGGACAUGAUGAACCGGUUCGCGGGACUGAAGAAGUUCGUGACAGUACCACUGGACAUCUACCUGUGUAUUACUGCAGUUCUGAAGAAGUACCAGACCUGCCUGCUUAUCUCAGAGCGAGAUACUGAGUUCGUGUUUGACGCCCUGUCCCGUUUAACUGAGAAAGACAGUCCGGUGAGUGCAGCUGAGAAGUGUAUCCUGGUGUACAGACAGGAGCUACACAAGGCCAGCCCUAAACUAUCCAACAAUCGAGAGGAGCCCAACAGCCCGAAAUACAGCAGUUCGAAGAAACAGAGACUGAAAGCGAUUCCUAGCAACAUCUCCCCUCACUCGGACACAUUUAAAGACUCUAUCAGUAACCCGCGCCAUGUCAAUAUCAUGGAGAUGUCCGACAAGAUCGGUAAGGACGAGACAGCAGGGCAGAGUUUCGUUUCCACGGUGAUUGUGGAGGUGUGUUCCGGCUACAAUAAACACAAACUCCCGGACCUUGUGAAACUGUGUGCGGAGCUCACUACUCAACACAACUACCUGGAGGCUAUCUGGAUAUCUGCCAUCAACUGCCCUCAGCAGUGCGGGGAACUGCCGGACGGGACGGACUGGUGGAGAAUGUUGUCUCUGUUCGUGAUCCAGCUGCUCAGAUACCAGUGUUUCAGUCUCUGGUGGCUGAUCUACUACGUCAUCCUGCCUUACCUCUACAAGUACUCCGAGUACAAGUGGCCCACCAACUGUCACGUGGCUUACCUCAUGAUAGCGCUCUUUACUCAGAUCGAGUACCCGGAGACGGAGCACGUGGACGACUCAAUCAUCUCCCACUCCGCAUUCCGGCACCUUGAUGCGGACAGGAGGGCUCUGAAGCCGCUCCGGUUCGCUACCAUGCUGAAACUACUGAUCAGAAACAGCACUGUGGACCAGGAAAUACCGCCCUCACACAAGCACCUGAAGCCGAUGGCAGUGUUAAAGAGGAUCUGUUCCCAGACCUGGGUGCCGGAACUGUGUCUGUCCACCCCGGAGAAGUUAGUGUCUAUCAACUACCUGGCAGAUAAGGAGAUUACACCCCACAACGCCCAGCUCCUGCUCCAUCUCAUUUGUAAUCCUCAAUCUACUGACAUGCCUUCUACUGACCCUACCGAACUUGUCGGAAACAUCAUCAAGGUUUAUACUUUAAACUUAGUAACCUAG